AUGUUAACAGAUAUAAACAGCAGUGAUCUUCGUUUACUUCCAAAAGAUUUAGCUAUACUAAAUGAGUUUGUUUCAUUAUUUGCACAUUUUGCUGAAGCCACGAUAAAAACUCAAGCUGAUAAGUCACCUUCAAUCAGUUUGGUUGCACCAAGCUCACUGGGUAUUUACCUUGAUCUUCAGAAUGAAUUGCAAAAUAAUUGUAAUCACACAUUAGCAUUGUGUAAAGUCCUUUUAAAUCCAUUAAAAUCUCGAUUUGGCGGUUUACUGGAAAAAUUGUAUAUAAAUAUCGAUGACAGUAUAUUAAAAAGAUCUACUUAUGAUCCUUAUUCUGAUAAUAUAUUUUUAAUUUCAUCACUGCAUGAUGCAAAAUUUAAGCUUAAUUGGAUAAUUAAUUCUUCUCUUCCUGAGUCAGAUAAAGAAAAUAUUUGUGAAAAUAUUAAAAAAUUAACUGCUGCUGCAUCUGCAUUAAUGACAAAUACUAAUCAUGAUAAUGCAAAUGAAAAUAAUUCAGAGUGUGGAUUAAGUAGUGUUAUAACGCCAAAUAAUAAUAAAAGAAAAGGUUUAUUCUCAUAUUUUAAAACACCAAACGCUAAAAGAACUACUGUAGAUUAA